UCCACCGUCGGCCUGGACAAUCAUCAUCCUCAUCGGCACCAUCCGUGACCGUCUUGGCCACGAGCUCCACACGGUGGGCCCGCAACACAGAGAUCUGCUGCAGAUUUCGCUUGCGGGUUACCCGCCAUGACGGACGCGUCGAGCCCGCCGGAGGAGCUCGCGCACCCGCGCCACCGCUUUGAUGCUCCGCGGAAGGAGGAGGUGCUGGCGGGCGCCCUCGAAGUCAUCGACGCGAGGGUCCAGGAGGACGAGCACCUGACGCCGACCUCCGUGAACUGGCACUACACCCGCGCCUGCAACUACGAGUGCAAGUUCUGCUUCCACACGGCCAAGUCCAGCUACUUCCUGCCCGCGGAGCCAGGCGGUAUGGACGAAGCCCAGCUCUGCCUCAAGAGGCUCCGUGACGCUGGCAUGAAGAAGAUCAAUUUCAGCGGCGGUGAGCCGUUCCUGCACCCGAAACACUUGGGCGAGUUGUGCCGAUUUUGCAAGGAGACUUUGAAGCUGGAGUCCGUAAGCAUCGUCUCAAACGGCAGCAAGAUCCAGGAACGUUGGUUUCAGCAGUUCGGCGACUAUGUGGAUAUCCUCGCAAUUUCGUGCGAUUCCUUUAACGAAGAGACGAAUGUCAAGAUUGGCAGAGGAAAAGGCAUGCAUAUUCGCCAGCUCGAGCAAGUGAGGAACUGGUGCAACAUGUACGGGGUCCCUUUCAAACUCAAUUCCGUCAUCAACAUUCACAAUGUUGGCGAGGAUAUGACCGCUGCGAUUCUGCAGUUGAGCCCAGUGCGUUGGAAAGUCUUCCAGUGCUUGCUGCUGGAUGGUGAGAACGCUGGCCCCGAUGCGCUUCGCGACGCCAAGGAGCUGGCCAUCACCGGCGAGCAGUUUGGGCAGUUCUUGAAGAGGCACGAGACGGUGGCGUGCCUCGUCCCCGAGGAUAACACGCGCAUGAAAGAUUCGUACCUCAUUUCGGGGCGGCUCCGCUUCCUGAACUGCACCGGCGGCGCCAAGGCCCCGAGCCGCUCGUUGCGCGAGGUCUCCGUGCGCUGCGCGCUGCGCGAGGCCGGCUUCGACAGGAAGAUGUUCGUGGAGCGCGGCGGAGUCUACGCCUGGAGCAGGGCGCGGGUGCCCCGGCCGCCCGCCGCGCCCCCCGACGUGGAGGACCUGGCCGCUGCAGGGGCGUCCCAGGGAGGCGGAGGCGGCGAGGCAGCGGCGCGCGGGCGGCCGGCGGUUGGCUCGGUAACCGGCGGCGAAAGCCGAGCCCUGCACCUCGCCGGUCAACGAUUCAGGCAGAGCGAUGCGCGGCGGGGGCUGGGUUCGGAACUCGUCGAGCACGUGGCGAAAUCCGAGCCCUAGCCCCGCCUUCCAUCGGGCCGGGCGAAAGGGGAUUGGGAAAGGGGGGGUACGAAAUUUGCUGCAUGCAGCUGGUUUCGGCCUCUCCGAGGGGCCCAUUCCUCGAGACAUAGCCGCCUCCGGCGCCGGGAGGCGCCGGGAGAAUCAGCUACGUGAGCUGAUUCUCAAACCCCCCCUUUGCUAUCCCCCCUUUUCGCCCGACCCGAUAGCCCCGCCUUCCAUCGAGUCACGAGAGUCGAUAGCUGGCGGGGGCAGGGUUCGGAUGUCGCCACCGAGGUGGGACCGCGCACCGAGACGGGCAGGCCGCCGAGGGCGCUCGGCGGAGAGGGAGCGGCGCUGCUCACGGUGGCCGCCUGCGGCCUGGCGUUGGGGAGCGCGGCGUAUCUCUUCUGGAGGAGGCCCGGCAGCUGUCGCGCCUGGACGCAGUGAGUAGGGGAACGACCAAUGAUCGGGGGCGUAGGGGAACGAGCAAUGACAUACAGAUAAUACCUCGGAGAUCCGCUCGGAUUUCUCGGAUCGGCAUCCCCCUUGCGGCGCCUCCGGCGCCGCCCCUGGCGCGCUCCAGGCGCAUUAGGUUGUGCAUACAUUACACAGACCCAUGAGCAGUUGCAUACAGAGCGCCAGGCCCUCUGAGAAA